CCGCUGCAGGUCCUGUUGUUCCUCAACGGCUGGUACAGCGCUACCUACUUCCUCCUGGAGGCCUUUGUCUUCGUGUACAAGGUGCUGCUGCUGCCCUACCCCUUCACCAACCUGAUGCUGGACUUUGUGCUGCUCUUCCUCUACCUCGGCACUGAGGCCACUCGCAUCUUCUUCGGGUCCAAGGGCAACCUGUGCCAGCGGAGGGUGCCGCUCUCCAUCAGCCUGGCCCUGACCGUCCUGGCAGCCGUGAUGGCGGCCUAUUACCUGCUGCUGCAGACCUACGCCCUGCGCCUGGAAGCCAUCCUCAACGCCAUCCUCCUCCUCUUCUACGCCGUGGAGCUGCUGCUGGGCAUCCUCGCGCUGGUCUCCUUCUCCAGCGUGGAUUCGUACUGA